CUAGAGCCUCCUCGCGUGGCGCCAUGACCUCGUCUUUAACUAUGUCACCGGCGCUCAGAGAAGCCAACGGCCAUGUCCGAAUAAACUGUUGGAGCAUAGGACCGUUGCCACCUUGCAUAAAAAAUGGACCGCCGCGUCUGCUUCUUCGCGCACACCCCCGACCAGCUCCGCUCCAUCCCCGCGCAGCACGCCAGCCCGCGGAACAGCACGCCCCUGUCCCCGCUCGCCGAGUCCUACGACGGCUCCCCGCUCCGGCGCCAGGCAUUCGAGACCUAUCUCACCGGCAAGAGCGGCAUCAUGUCGUCCUCCCCCACCAGCACCCUCCUCUCCUCCACGCCCAAGUCGCCCCCGUCCGAGUCCCCGCCAAUGUCGCCCGACGCGCUCCGCCGCGGCUCAUGGCCCGGCGUGGGGUCCCCCGGCGUCAACGACGUCAUGGCCUCCCUCCACCAGCUGCGCCUCUCCAAGGCGCAGUCGUCCCCGUCCGGCGGCUGGACCAACAGCUACCACCUCUCCGCCGCCGCGGCGUACGGCUCCCCCAAGGGCGGCGGGGGCCUCUACAGCCUCCCCACCACCCCCAUGGCCACUUCGACCCCCGCCGCCACCUUCAUGGCCAACCUGGAGCCGCUCAACCUCCGCUUCAUGGACGACGACGAGCCGGUGCAGAGGGUGGAGUCCGGACGGGCACUCCGCGAGAAGGUGUUCGAGCGGCUCUCCAGGGACGGCGCCGCGUCCGGCAGCAGCUGCUACGGCGCUGGCCCCGACGUCGGCUGGGUCUCUGACCUCAUCAACUGACCCCACCAACAAGAAGAUGCAUGGCAUGGCACGGUGAGGUAGGGCGACAGGCUGAACAAGACGGCCCCAACCAAAAAAAAAUCCUCGAAAUUUCUUUUGCUAUUUCCAGUUACUACUGCAAAUCAUACAUCUAUCUCCCCCUGUGAAUAUUCUCGGUUGGCCGGGCUAAGGGAGGCAAGACGGAGGUACAAGGGUGGAUUUGUUUUGGUGUUCUUGAGGUGGUAGGAAUUUUACCCAAAAAAAGAUUGUUGCCACAAAAAGGAGGGUAGAAGCUCCAUAGAUUUGGAACUUUCAUUCCUCCCGUUGGUGCUGACGA